GGACUACAUUCCACCUGUACUGCUCUUCCAUAGACUGCCAACAAUCCUCGGGGGGCGACAUCAAACAAAUUGUGUUCGCUGAUGUCGGGAUGAGCGCUCAUGGCAUACACAAACUGGCUUUUUUUCGCGCUUCUAGUGAUUCUCGGACGAUGUCUUGCAGAACCCAUUGCUCUUCGUGGUCAGAACAUCAAAGACCGCAUCACUGCUUUGGCGACUCAUGAACGGAAGAAUCUCAUCUCCUAUCAGCCUCCGCCAGAGUCCACGUCUGCAUCGGAGGAGGAGCGCUUGCAAGCCCUGGACAUCGUUCUGCUAGCAUCUGUUGACGGGAAAUUCCAUGCUUUGAACAGGACGAAUGGUGCAGUACUUUGGUCUAUGUCUGGGAGCUCCUCCAGUUCUGCGCCUGCGGCUCUCUCCCCGCUGGUGCGCACAACGCACGCCGAUCACGACCCGGACCUGACAGAUGAUGAGGCGUAUCAAGAGCAGUACAUCAUCGAGCCUCAAUCCGGUGACAUAUAUGUCAUGGUAUCCCCAACCAGCCCCUUGCAGCGGUUGCAUUUCUCUAUGGCGCAAUUGGUCGACAUGUCUCCCUUCAGUUUCUCGACUGAGGACAGGAAAGUCUUUGUAGGAAAGAAAGAAACGUCUCUUUUGCUGAUUGAAUUGGAGACGGGGAAAAUCAAAGCGACGCUGAACUCAGAAUGUCCUUGGGAUCCUUUGGACUUCACCGCUUCAGACCCAGUGGAUAUUGAUUUAGACGAGCUGGAAGAAGAAGCGAUGCAUAGGGAUGUUUCAGUUCCCACUGAAGUUUUCAUUGGAAGAACCGACUAUCAUCUUUCCAUAUACACCCGCCCUUCAUCAUCCUCCGGAAAGCCUGUGGUGCAGAAUCUCUCAUUCUCUACGUAUGGGCCGAAUAACCAAGAUGUAGCCCUUCAAGCCCGUUACCGCCGCACGCCCGACGACUUAUACAUCCAGUCUCUCCCUGACGGGAAAACCAUUGCCUGGAAGACUCGAGACGCGGACGAAACGGAUCGAAAUCGGGGACUCGAGUCACCCUGGGCGCACCGCGUAACCAGUAAUCCCAUCGUUGCCGUCUUUGAUGUCCUAAAGAGUUCCAAACGGACGCAUCCCUUCGUGUUGCUACAACCGCAGCUCAAACUGUACGAAGAUGGCCAGCCCCUACCGAACCGCGACGCGGCGUACGUUGGGCUAGUCGAAGAGACGGGCUCACUCUUUGCCAUGACGCCGGAGCAUUACCCGCUCGUCGCCUUCAGCGACGUCAAUCAUAUUCAGCCGCUGCUCAGCAUCGACCCGCCCGCGGAUCGCGAUCUCCCCACGGAUGUGGACGAAGUCACGCGCCGGCGCGAGCUCGCGAAGUUGCUCCGCAUGUGCCGCGAGGGCAGCACGGACCGCCGGUGCUUGACGGGCGUGCGAGCCCUCGAGUCCGACCGCCGCUCGAGGUUGAGCCGGCUGCUCGACGAAUCCCCGGCGGAGUUUUUGCUGCCUGGGCCGGGGUCGGGAGCCGCUCGGAAUACGCAGGCGUUGCAGGAACCAGCUGUCCCCGCGAAUGCGUCCGUAGCUGAAGUGCACGAUCCGUGGAUAUGGCAGGCAGGUGGAUGGACAUCGAUAGCAGCCCUGAUUCCUCUGUUCGUAUUUGCGCAUAGGUACCUGAGGAGGCGGCGUCGGAGUAAGGUGAAGGGUGCUCCCACCUCUUCCCCACCCAGUGCGGCUGGAACUAUCUCAGGGGCUGCGACUCAGGUUGCGGUCAAGGGCCCUCUUGCCGAUCUGCCAGAUAGCGCCGAUGUUUCAAGCGCACCUCAGCAGCCCCCCCUUGGGAACGGUGAGAAAGCUGAAGGUUUGGAUGCACUGACAUCUAGUGUGAAGGAUGGAGUCACGGCAGAUGAAGGAGGAGACGCUGAGGAGAGUGACAAGGAGGGUGACGGUGCAAUACCUGGCAAACGCAAGACUACAAGGCGGAAACGAGGCAAGAAGAAGAAGGGGAACGCCCAGAACGCUGCCCCCGAUGAGGGUGAUAUUGAGGAACAGGAUCAGCGCGAUUCCAAAGCCUCUGCUCCGCCAGGGGAAGAACAGCGUCUGGAUACAGCAAGGCAAAAUGGUGAUGUUGACGCUGGGCCCACGACGCUCAUAUUGCCUGCCACGCUGAAACCCGUAGGCGCAGCAACACAAUCACUGGUGGUGUCGGACGAGAUCCUAGGCUUUGGGUCCCAUGGCACGGUGGUUUUCCGAGGGUCUCUCCAAGGCCGUGCUGUAGCUGUCAAGCGAUUACUCCGUGAUUUUGUCACCCUGGCCUCGCGGGAAGUCAGUAUCCUGCAAGAGUCUGACGAUCAUCCCAACGUAAUCCGGUAUUACUAUCAAGAGGCGCACAGCAAUUUCCUCUACAUUGCCCUGGAACUUUGUCCCGCGUCUUUGGCGGACAUUAUCGAGCAGCCGGAUCAGUUCCGCGAUAUCGCCAUCUCAUUCGACCCGAAACGCGCCCUGCGCGAGAUAACCUCUGGGCUCAGGCAUCUGCAUUCCCUCAAGAUAGUUCAUCGCGAUAUCAAGCCGCAGAACAUUUUGGUAUCAACUGCCAAGAAGAUGUCUGGGAAGGCUCCCGCACAUCGGAUGCUUAUUUCUGACUUCGGCUUAUGCAAGAAGCUCGACGUCGAUCAAACAAGUUUCUUACCCACAGCGGGCGGGGCAAUGGCUGUAGGAACGGUGGGCUGGCGCGCUCCCGAGAUCCUCAGGGGAGAAGUAAAAUUAGACGAGGCUCUGUCCGACAGCCAGUCCCAGUCAAGUCGUGGAAGUGUAGGCACCCCUAAUUCUGACACGUUCACGGCGAAGCCUACCAGGUUAACGAAGGCUGUGGAUAUAUUCGCUCUGGGAUGCCUCUUCUAUUACGUCUUGACGAAUGGCAGUCAUCCGUUCGGCGACCGCUUUGAGAGGGAGAGCAAUAUCUUGAGGAACGUCAAAUCCCUUGACGGACUGGAUAGAUUUGGUGAAGAGGGAGCCGAGGCAGCGAACUUAAUCGGGAUGAUGUUGCAUCCAGAAGCGUCGGAACGUCCGGAUACUGGAACGUGCCUUCUUCAUCCGUAUUUCUGGGACGCAGGGCGCAGAUUGACCUUCCUUCAGGAUGCGUCGGACCGGUUCGAGAUCAUGUGCCGAGAGCCUCGGGAUCCUAAUCUUGUUGAGCUAGAGAAGGAUGCUGUGAGCGUCGUGGGGAAUGAUUGGCCCUCUCGUCUGGACAAGACUUUCGUGGAGAACCUUGGAAAGUUCAGGAAGUAUAACAAGGGUUCUGUUCAAGAUUUAUUGCGUGCCUUGCGCAAUAAGAAACAUCAUUAUCAAGAUCUGCCAGAGCACGUCAAGCGGACUAUGGGUGGUAUGCCGGAAGGCUUCUUGCACUACUUCACGCGCCGGUUCCCGCAACUAUUUUUACACGUACAUGGAAUCGUCGCAACAUCACCCCUGCGUGACGAGUCUAUGUUCCGCUCAUACUUUGAACUCUCAGAUUAGUUGGACCAUCGGCUCUGGUCUCAUCUCGUUCGUCUUGUCGCAUACAUCGAUCUCAUUACCUGCAUUUAUUUCCUCCAUCUGACUCCUGGAUCUGUGUAUGACUAGUGCAUCUCUGAUUCUUCUAACUUAUUCUAUCCUGUAUUCGGUAGCUAGGGAUAACGGUGCAAUUAAUGGAAUCUGCU